AGACCCUAAAAUGAAGCAUAUCUCAUUGACAGCACACCCAUACCAAUGGCAAGAAUUCACUUCACCAUACUACCCCAAACCAUAUUAUGGCAGUGAUACAGACAGGCAUUGGUUGAUUAGUGCCGACGAUCCACGAGAAGUGGUACAUAUAAAGUUCCUUGAUUUUGACAUUGAGGAAACACCAAACUGUACAGCAGAUUCCAUUCAUAUAUAUGAUGGUCAUAAUGAGAAUAGUUCCCUUAUUGGAAUAUAUUGCGGUCAAGACUUCCCUGAAGUGAAAAGUUCAGGAAGAAAAAUAUAUGUUUCCUUCUAUGCUGACGAUAAAGGGGAUAAUGUGGGUUUUAAGGCACAGUAUUUAUCUGCAAAAGUAGGUUCAGAAUGUUCUGGUUUGACAGUUCUAAAAGCGAUUCGCAAUAAAAAGAAUUAUUUAAUCUCACCAGAUUAUCCCCAUUUUUAUAGCAGGUAUUCAUGAAUAAUUUUAUCACAUACAUCUAUA